AUUAAUAUUUAGUCAUAUUUAGGGAGAUUUAUAUUUUCCACAAAUGUUGUGAUAAGCUUUAUUUGUAUUUCGGCAACUAUAUAAUUUGGAUUGGUGUGUCAUUGAUAUGCAAUCUUGCCUUCUUUUUUUUUUUUGAUGUGGCAUACAUCGGCCUAAAUAACAAUAUAAAUGAUCCAUUGAUUCAGGCUAGCUAUAUAGCUUCAAAAUAUGUUUUAUCUCACGGAAUCAUUGCAUUCAUUCUUACAGCUAAGCAUUUACCCCGGUUGUUAAUGUAACAUAUCCGGUUGACCUUUACAAUUAGCCGCUUUCAUUUCGCGAACAAACUGAGUGGACGGCUGGACCGGAUAGAAGGAACGAGAAUCAAAGGGCAUAUCGGAAAGGAUCCUCUAAACACAUUGUUGGCCUGUCUAGAGAGGGACAUUGGGAAUGUUUUCAUUGUCAACAUCCGUCCAACCACAGGUCACUGUCCCCCUGAGUCACCUGAUCAAUGCUGUCCAAUACCUGAAGACUGCAGUGGGCAGCAGCAAUGCCGCUGCUAAACCUCAGCAUAGAGAGCAUGCCUUGGAACAGGACUCGCAGAACACAGAGGCCACGUGGACCCUGAGGGACCUGGGCCUGUCUGACCUGGGCGUGGGGCAGCUGGACGAGCUAAUAAGCGCUAUGUUACCACGUCUGAGUCAACAGGGGGCGCUGUCCUCAUCCAGCCCCAGCCAACAGGCCUGGGGGACCUCUCACCUCUCCUCACAUUCCUUCUUCCACAACAAGCAUGGGUUCUCUGGUGGUAAAAUGGGCACCUCCUACCCUGUUUUCUGCAAACAGAUCCCUUCCCCUCUUCAGGCAGUUUGUACAGAGCUCCGCUAUUGGCCAGUGUGGAUCCAGAACAGAGGCUUUAAAACUCUAGGGAAACACAAGCGACUGCAGGCAGGCUUUGAGCGUCCCAUGGAAUCAGAUGGCUUUACACCCUCCUUUAUGAAGGGCCUCCUGAUGCGUGAUAAGGGGAUGGAGGUGGAAACCUUGGACAAGCUUAUGAAGAACAAGAAUAUUCCUGAUGGGCAGCAAGAUUCUUUCAAGACCGGAUUUGCUGAGGGCUUCCUGAAAUCCCAAGCUCUGACACAGCGCACACAAGACUCUCUGAGGAGGACGAGGCUGGUCCUGCUGGUCCUGCUGCUCCUGGGACUCUACGGCCUCUCCAAGACGCCCUUCCUAUCGGUACGAUUCCGAACCACAUCAGGCCUGGACUCAGCGGUGGACCCUGUCCACAUGAAGAACGUGACAUUUGAGCACGUCAAAGGGGUGGAGGAGGCCAAGAACGAGCUGCAGGAGGUGGUGGAGUUCCUCCGGAGCCCAGAGAAGUUCACCGUCCUCGGAGGGAAACUGCCGAGAGGGAUCUUGCUGGUUGGCCCUCCUGGUACUGGGAAGACUCUGUUGGCCAGAGCUGUGGCUGGAGAAGCCAACGUACCAUUUUAUUAUGCCUCUGGCUCUGAGUUUGAUGAGAUGUUUGUGGGGGUUGGAGCCAGUCGCAUCAGGAACCUCUUCAAGGAAGCCAAAGCAAACACGCCGUGCGUGAUCUUCAUUGACGAGUUGGACAGCGUCGGAGGAAAGCGGAUCGAGUCUCCCAUGCACCCCUACUCCAGACAGACCAUCAACCAGCUACUGGCUGAGAUGGACGGGUUCAAACCAAACGAAGGGGUCAUUAUCAUUGGAGCGACAAACUUCCCAGAGGCUUUGGAUAACGCUCUGAUUCGACCGGGACGUUUCGACAUGCAGGUCACCGUUCCCAAGCCAGAUGUGAAGGGGCGCACAGAGAUCCUCAACUGGUACCUUAGGAAGAUUAAAGUAGACCCUGAUGUGGAGGCUGGGAUCAUCGCCAGGGGAACAGUGGGCUUCUCCGGGGCCGACCUGGAGAACCUGGUCAACCAAGCGGCUCUGAAGGCGGCGGUGGACGGCAAAGACAUGGUGACCCUCAAAGAGCUGGAGUUCGCCAAGGACAAGAUCCUCAUGGGCCCAGAGAGGAGGAGUGUGGAGAUAGAUAAAAAGAACAAGGAGAUCACAGCGUACCACGAGUCUGGCCACGCUAUCGUGGCGUACUACACCAAGGAUGCCAUGCCCAUCAACAAGGCCACCAUCAUGCCCAGAGGACCUACUCUAGGUCAUGUGUCCAUGCUCCCAGAUGAUGACCGCUGGAGCGAGACGCGUGCUCAGCUGCUGGCCCAGAUGGACGUCAGCAUGGGAGGCCGCGUGGCAGAGGAGAUCAUAUUUGGCAAUGAGUUCAUCACCACUGGUGCAUCAAGUGACUUUGAUGCUGCCACCAGAAUUGCAAAAAUGAUGGUGACCAGAUUUGGUAUGUGUGAGAGGCUGGGUGUCAUGACCUACACUGACCAAACCAAGCAGAGCCCAGAGACACAGGCUGCCAUCGAACACGAAGUCAGGAAACUUUUAAAGGAUUCGUACGAGCGGGCCAGGGCUCUCCUCAAGUCUCACGCCAAAGAACACCAGAACCUAGCCAACGCCCUGUUGCAAUACGAGACGCUGGAUGCCAGAGAGAUCAAGAUGGUCCUGGAGGGCAAGGGCCUGGAGACAAGAUGAGACUUCCAAGGGUGGAGGUGUCACGGUUUAAUUUGGGAGAUCGGGUGAGGGGUGGGAAGAAAAUAAAUCACUGUCCACGGUGAUUUCACAGUCUACGCAAACAGAGCUACGGAGCUGUACGUGUGUAUGUACAGUGUCUUCAGGAAAUAUUCACAGCCUGAAUUUAAAACGGAUUAAAUUAAGUUUUUGUGUCACUGGCCUACACACAAUACCCCAUAAUAUAUAAAAGUGGAAUUAUGUUUACAAA